AUGAAUUUGAAAGUUUUGGUAUUGUGUUCCAUUUUAAUUGCCAGCAGUUUAUCUGAUGAUGGCUCUAAAGCGUUUCCGGAUAAUUUCAUGUUUGGUGUAGCUAGUAGUUCGCAUCAAAUAGAAGGAGCUUGGAACGAAGACGGAAAGGGAGAAAAUAUUUGGGAUUAUCUCACCCACACCAAACCGGAAUUAGUGGAGGGAGGUGCUACUGCUGACAUCACGUGCGAUUCCUAUCACAAAUAUAAGGAAGAUGUAGCGUUACUAAAAGAUCUGGGUGUUGAUCACUACCGAUUCUCCUUGUCCUGGUCAAGGAUUUUAACUAACGGCAGCAUUGGCAGUGUUAAUGAGGCCGGGCUCAAUUAUUAUAAAAACCUCAUCAAGGAACUAAAAGAUAAUGGUAUAGAACCUUUUGUAACUCUGUACCACUGGGAUCUUCCGGAAAUAUUACAAAAACAAGGAGGAUGGAUCGACAUGUUCAUUAUAGACACAUUUCUGGACUACGCAAGGCUCUGUUUCGAAACAUUUGGAGAUGAUGUAAAAUAUUGGUUGACCUUUAGCGAACCUAAACAAACUUGCUUGUCAGGAUAUGGAUACGGUACAAUGGCACCAUCAGUUUCGAAAACUGGCGAACUUGACUACAAAUGCACGCACAACCUCCUGAAGGCUCAUGCUAAAGUUUGGCAUCUCUAUGAUGAAGAGUUUAGGUCUACACAGAAUGGAAAAAUUUCUAUAGCCUUAGACAGUAAUUGGUAUGAACCUGAAGAUGACACCUCCCAGAAUACGGUCUCCGCUGAAACUAAACGGCAAUUUUCGUUUGGCUGGUACGCAAAUCCUUUAUUCAUUGGCGAUUAUCCAGAAGUAAUGAAGACUCGCAUAGGGUAUCGAAGUAUGCAUGAAGGUCGUCGUGUAUCUCGUCUUCCUGUGUUUACAGACGAAGAAAUAGAGUACAUUAAGGGCACUUGUGACUUCCUGGGCUUGAAUACUUACACGUCCUCUAUUAUUAAAUACGAGAAAGAACAAGAAAUAAGGAUUCCUUGGUACGAUUGGGAUGUUGGAGUGAAAGAGCACUUUGCAUCCGAAUGGCCAAGUUCCGCAUCUUCCUGGCUGAAGGUCACACCGUGGGGAAUAAAAAAGCUAUUAAAUUGGAUUAAAGACACAUAUAACAGUCCAGAUAUUUUCAUCACAGCGAAUGGAGUGUCAGAUGAUGGGUCAUCUUUGAAUGAUGAAAUCAGGAUCAACUAUUACAGGGAUUAUCUAAGCAAUAUUAGUAGUGCAAUGGAAGAUGGAGUCAAUGUAAUCGGCUACACAGCUUGGAGUUUAAUGGAUAGUUUCGAGUGGACCAGUGGGUACUCAGAAAAAUUUGGUUUUUAUUCUGUCGAUUUUGAAAGUGAAAAUCGUACAAGAACGGCAAAAAGUUCCGUUGAGUAUUUCAAGAAAGUUGUUUUAACUCACUGUUUGGUGGAUUCAUGUGAAGAAGAUUAAGCUGUUAAUAUUAUAACGACAAGAAUAUUAUACUGUGCAUCGUAGUUCAUUUUUAAAUAUUGUAU